AUGUCUCAGAACAACCAACCGCCCUCCCACUACAACAACCAGGCGGUACGUAACUCGCAAGAGUACUACGCUUCCAACAACGCAUCGGCUCAGGGCGGAUAUCAAAGCCAGUCUUCGUACGCCGGUCAUCAAUCGGCCGCGUCGGGACACCAGUAUGCGCAUGGCCAGGCUCACCCUCAAGCUCAAGGCGGCUACUACUCCUCGGGCUACGCACCAGCGCCUGGUGCAGCUUACACUCAGCACGCCCACUCUGUAGCCCCAUCACAAGGCGGGUACGCGCAGCAAGGCCAGCAAGGCUAUCAGCAGGGUUACACCUACUCUGGCCAUGGCCACGCCACCUACGCCCAGUCAUCGCCGUACGCAUCAGCGUCAGGCCAAUCGGCGCCUUCUUCGCCUACGUCCUCGACGUACCCCGACGCGCACGGCGGGCGCAGCAUGAACGUCUGCGAUCUCUGCGGCCGCGAUUUCUCGCGUCGGCACGAUAUGCAGCGCCACAAGGACUCUCACCACGGCGACAGCGUGCACAACUGCCCGUACUGUGGUAAAGGAUACGCGCGUGCAGACACGCUCAAGCGUCAUAUUGACACGCCGUGCGCGCUCGCGCCUCCCAAGAAGGACGAGUACGACGACAAGUCUCGGCGCGGUGGUCGCGGCGGAGGCCGCUCGAGCGGGAUGGCGAGUGCUGCGUAG